AGAGCACUUGCUUUUGACGCUUGUUUGUGAUUGGUCGAACUGGCGCGCUGCUAACUUCAGGGUGAGCAGACCGUCAGCGUGUGUCCCCGGCAGCGGCAGCUAGCAGCUAGCAGCAUUUAGGCAAACAUGGCGAGCUGGUGCGUCCGAGCGGUGAGACAGAGCUACUCUCUUGUAGCUUCACCUGCUUUAUUAAGAACAUCUCCACGGCUGCUGUGCACAGCCACCCAGCAGAAGAAUGGCCACAGGUCAGAGGAGGAGGCCGAGAAGACGGAGCAGAGUGGAGCAGAGAAAGUUCUGAUGGAGGAGAAGAGCCAGCUGGAGGAGCAGCUCAAGGAGAUGACGGAUAAGUACAAGAGGGCUUUAGCAGACACAGAGAACCUGAGAAUGAGGAGUCAAAGGAUGGUGGAGGACGCUAAAUUAUACGGCAUCCAGAGCUUCUGUAAGGACCUCCUAGAGGUGGCUGAUAUCUUGGAGAAGGCCAUGGAGAGCGUACCUAAGGAGGAAGUGUCGAGUAAGAACCCCCACCUGAAGAACCUGUUUGAUGGCCUGGUGAUGACCGAUGUCCAGGUCCAGAAGGUGUUUGCCAAGCACGGCCUGGUCAAGCUCAACCCCGAGGGCCAGAAGUUUGACCCCUACGAGCACGAAGCCCUUUUCCACGCCCCCAUAGAAGGCAAAGAGCCUGGCACUGUUGCCGUGGUCACCAAAGUGGGGUACAAGCUUCACGGGCGCACCCUCAGGCCGGCGUUGGUGGGUGUGGCCAAAGCCCCUUAGAAGUGAAGAAGUCGCUGUGUCACAGAGUGGGACUGGCUUUGUUGCAUGAGUGAUGGAUGACCUCCAGGCUCGGCAGACUUUUCCCACAAUCCUGUUUUCACCCCCCCAGCAGGUGCUACAAGGACAGGCGCCCAGCUGGACCUCCUGUUCAGACCACAUCCAUCAGUUUAAACAGCUGCCUGGCUCUGGGCAGAAGACUUCCUGUCUGACAUCAGCCUGGUGACUUCUUUCUGAUACGAUCAGAUUCUUUAAUAAGUCGGAGGAUCGUCUCAGAAACAGAUGGAGGUCAUUAACCUCAAGAAGGAACAGCAGGUCCCCAAGUACAGCUGCUGGACUCAUUCCAAAACCUUCUUUUAAUUAUUUACAAGUUUAUUUGUUUUACCUGUGUUCUGUAGUACAACGAAAACAGCACUGGAGAUGUUUUAUACUGAAGUCAGCUUCCUGCUUCGGUUUUAGGAAAGAAGGAUCUAUUGUAGUCACACAGCCACAGACCCUACCCCUGAGACGGUUGGGCUCUGCACUGGAAGAGCGAUGGUGCACCUGGUGGUCUGUGGUCCAUUGUAGGAAAUGUCACUAUGAGAAUAAACAAACGUGUUGGGAA